AUGUGACCAUGGUCAUAAGUGUGAAAACUGGUUUUAAGUCUCUUUUUAAAGUGUUGUUGUAACUUUGAACAGUUACUAAAUGAAUGGUUGUAAGUUGAGGACUACCUGUAACUUGCUUUGGCAUUGUUUAUAAUCUGUAGAUUCCUAUUCAAAUAGAAUAAGUAUAAUUCACUUACAAGACUAUCAGCUACUCUCUCUGAAAGAAACAUAGUUGUGUGCUUUGUGUUGCAUCCAUCCCACUAAUAAAGUCAAAAUUGUUUAAUUGUGUACUGAAAAUCAUUCUAUAAGACACUUUUCUGCUUUGUUUCAUCUGCCAUCCCAGCAGAGAUGUAUGUAUUCUGAGCACUUCAAAGCAGCUGCUUUGAGUUUUGGAACAGCUGCAGCUUCAAGAAACAGAUCCAGGUAUGGCUACUAAGUGGCUCUCCUGAGAUCUGGACAUGUGUGUGCAUGCACAAAAUGUGCUUCCUCUGGGAUAGCCAAUAAGGCAAAGUGCUUUGUGGAAUGAAUAAAUGAGUUUAAUUUGGAUCACAUGUAUAACAAGGUAUUUUGGCCUAAAUUCUUAAAUUACCGUGUGCAAAAUGUAAAUUCUUUUAAGGAUUCAGAAAUACUGGCUGGUUUUUAAAACAAUGUAAUAGUUUUUCGGAAUAGGAAUCUAUAUCUAAUUGUUUACAAUUCUAUCUGGAAUGUUGACAUAAGGCAAUUUUAUUGGGUGUAUUUCAAAGUGCUGAUUGUCACCUACUACUCUCUUCAUGGCACAGGAUUUUGUUACUUGCAGGACCAAUGUUAUCCAUGUAUCCACCCACUUUGUGGGGUGGGGAGAGUUACAGUGAUAUGGAUAUGAAUGCUGCUUCAAGAGUAGAACAUCCAGGUGUAAUAUGUUUUUGUUGAUGUUUUUAUUUUCAACCAGCUAUUUGCUGUCCAGAAUACUAUGUCAAGUGGGUAGCCAUGUCAAUUUGAAUAAAUAAACAAAACUUUGCUUCAGAAUAAAAGGCUGGAUUUAAUUUAAUAGAUUUUAGAGUUAUGACAAUAUUAGUGUAAAUUUAUGUUCCACAUUAGUGAGAUUUAGUUUUUAUUCACAUUCUUUUAAUGAUAUAUAUAUUUAAAGUUGUUACAGAACUACUCAUCUCACUAUAUAGGUUUAAUUUAAAACUAUAAUACUUAAAAUAUAGCUUACAAGUAAUAUCAUUUAUACUGUAUUACAUAUCACUGAUAAUGAAUUUAUAGGUAAUUGCUUCUUAUAAUAAAUUAUUCAACUGACAGUCUCUUUAUACUUUAGUAACUGUGUAGGAGAUAAGAGGUAUGAUAAUAGUAGCAAGAUAGUCCAGUGGUUAAGGCAUUAGGUUAGAAAGCGAGUUCAAAUGUUGCCUUAGCCAUGAAAGCUACUUGGGUGAUUUUGUGCCAGUCACUCUCUUUCAACCCAGCCCACCUCACAGGGAAAAAUAAGAGGAAGAAGGGGCAUUGAAUAUGUUCACCACCUUGACUUGUUUGUAAAUGCAAAUAAAUAAAUACAUAAUUGUAGGCAGGCAUUACUAACUUAUAUUUGCUAUGUUGAAUACAUAGGAAGAAUUUAUUACAUGAUAUUUUAUAAGAAAAACCUACAUAUUCAGUAUUAUAAACUUUUAAACUGUGUCAAGGAAAACAACUUUCUCUGAAUAAAAACAAUUACAACUGUUUUUUGAGUAGCAUUAAAACAGUAUGUUGAUUUUUUUUUAAAAAAUUAUUAAAUAUUUAAGUGAACAUUUAAAGACAAAGUGGCAUAUAUUCAUAUAAAUGCACAACAUAAAUAUAAUAGUAAUUUUUAUAAUUACAAAGGCCUUGUUACAUUUGGAAACAUUUAAUUCAUUGCUUUCUGUGGGCUCAUAAUCACACUAUACUAUAAUAUUAGGAUUUACUGCAGUAUGUGAAUCCACUAAUUGUGGCUUAGCAUUAUAGAAAAAAUUGGUCCAAUAUUUUAUUCUGCCACUAGUGAUAAAAAAAAAAAAGUUUGGUUUAGUUACUACAAGUUACGGUUUUUGAAAAAAAAGUAUAAAACAUGUUUCUUCUUAGCUGGAUAGUCUACACUAUUCUUAAAUUCUACUAUUUGCUGCACUAAUUCUUGUACACCAAUUUACAGUAAUAAACCAGCAUUAAAAAAAAUAGGAUAGACAUUUAUUAUAAAUAAGAAGAACCCUAUUAGCCUUUUGUCAUUUGAGGGUAAGAUAUUUAUAAAAAUGUAGUAAUCCAAAAAAGGUUUAAUAAUGAAAACAACUACUCCAAGAACUGGAUUGUUUCUGGCUUGGAACAGAUGUGACCAAAUAUGUAUAUCACAAUUGUUGGAGAACAUAUCAGGUGUGAAAAGAGGCUCAUCACUGUUUCUUGACUUUGCCACAGCAUUUGAAAGUGCAUUUCAGCGGCACCAACUGCAGAAGAUAAACUUGUUAAAAUAGCCUCCAGAAGCAGCUGUACAAGGAAUCAUGAAAUUCUGUUCAUGGUGAAAUGCCUGCAUACCCUUCCCAGGAAAUGAAUACCAGAGGAGUAGUAUGAUAAGUAAUUGAAAAGCUGGAAGUUAUUUGCUAAGAAGAGGGGGAAAGCAUUGAUUGCAAAAAAAUUGAUGUAAGAUAUGAUUUGACUUCAAAGCAAUUCUCAGUAACCAUGAUGGCAACGCAGACAUUAAGUAUAGACAACUAUCAAGAUGGGCAACAACAAAUGCAAGUAGUAACAGAAUUAAAAACUGAGCAGGAUCCAAACUGCUUAGAAACAAAUGCAGGAGGAUUGAGCCCUUCCCCAGUUGAAUCUCAGACACCGAUGGAUGCAGACAAGCAGGCUAUUUACAGGCACCCACUGUUUCCCUUAUUAGCACUGUUAUUUGAAAAAUGUGAACAAUCUACACAGGGUUCAGAAGGCACAACAUCUGCAAGUUUCGAUGUAGAUAUUGAAAACUUUGUUAGGAAACAGGAGAAGGAAGGAAAACCCUUUUUUUGUGAAGACCCAGAAACGGAUAAUUUAAUGGUAAAAGCAAUUCAGGUUUUACGAAUUCAUCUGCUUGAGCUAGAAAAAGUUAAUGAGCUCUGUAAAGAUUUUUGUAGUCGUUAUAUUGCAUGUCUAAAGACUAAAAUGAACAGUGAAACUCUGCUAAGUGGGGAAUCUGGGAGUCCUUAUUCACCAGUACAACCCCAGUCCAGCAACUUUAAACAUGAUAAAGAUAGCUUGGAUUUGCUGGAGCAGCUGUCUUCAUGGAAAGAGUCACCAGAAAAUCCAAUUCAAAGUGCCAUCACAGGUACACUGAGUCCCCAGGGGAUUGUGGUACCUGCAUCAGCACUGCAGCAGGGAAAUGUAACUAUGGCAACAGUUGCAGGUGGCACAGUAUAUCAGCCAGUAACAGUGGUCACACCUCAAGGACAAGUAGUAACACAAACACUGUCACCUGGAACCAUCAGGAUCCAGAAUUCACAGCUCCAGUUACAAUUAAACCAAGAUUUAAGCAUCUUGCAUCAAGAUGAUGGAUCAUCAAAGAAUAAAAGGGGCGUUCUUCCAAAACAUGCUACAAACGUGAUGAGAUCUUGGCUUUUCCAGCAUAUAGGGCAUCCAUAUCCAACAGAAGAUGAGAAAAAACAGAUAGCAGCACAAACAAAUCUUACCUUACUUCAGGUUAACAACUGGUUUAUCAAUGCUAGAAGGCGAAUUCUCCAGCCAAUGUUGGAUUCCAGCUGUUCUGAAACACCAAAAACAAAGAAAAAAACAGCCCAAAACCGACCAGUUCAGAGGUUCUGGCCAGACUCCAUUGCAUCAGGAGUAGCUCAGCAUCAAACUAAUGAACUUACUAUGUCAGACGGAGCUGUUGUAACAAUUACAGCUCCCGUCAACAUGAAUGUGGACAGUCUCCAAUCGCUUUCAUCUGAUGGUACUACUUUGGCUGUUCAGCAAGUCAUGAUGGCAGGGCAAAGUGAAGAUGAAUCUGUAGACAGCACUGAAGAUGAUGGAACAGACCUCUCAACUACAAAUAUCAGUGGGCUGGUCUUGGAUAACAGUGAUUCUCUGCAAUAGGAAGCAAGAGAAGCUGACCUAAAAUAUUAGGAAAGACAAUGAACUGACUGACUUUUUAUAGUUUGCACAGCAAACAUUUUACACAAGUUUUAUUUCUAAUAAGUUUUAUAUGUAGAUAUAGAAGAGUGCACUUUUUUGUAUUUCAUAGUAAGCUUAAAGAGUGUCUUUGCAGGUGCAGCAACUUCUUUCAAAUGUGUUGUUUUUUGCUUUUAAUUUUGAAAAUCUAGUAAGUUAAAAAAAUGAUCAUCCCAUUUGUUUUCCUAACGUUAUUAUCUCAUUCACACACAAAAAAACCUGAGUCAAGCUGAGUCAAAAAAUGUGUAUAAUGGGGUUGCAGAUAUGGGGUAAAAUGGUGGUUGCCUGGAAUGUGAGUUAGUUUUACAUUAGCAUGGAUUUAAACUUCACCAAACCAGACAAUCACCGUGUUACUCAUUUCUUUGCUGUUCUAUAGCAUCAUAAGAUCUGCAGUUUUCAAACAUAUAAAAUUGCACUGCUAUGAGAGAACUGAAAGUACUUUUAUUUCAUUGAAAGUAAUCAGUUUCAGUUCUGUAAUUUUAACAAAGGUGAUUUAUCAAUGUAAAUGUAAAGCAUGUCAAAUAAUGUAUGGGAUUUGUUUAUGAAGUUAGCCAUGUAGAUUUGAAAGAUGCUUCUGCACCUUAAAAAAAAAAAAAAA